UGAAAUCAUCGGAUAUCUAUAUUAACAGUCAAAGUCCAUCAGCAAUUAUUUGCACAGAUGACCAGUUUUUGGAUUGUGUGACUAAGGAACGUUCACGACUUUGCCGUUAAGAGAACAUUCUUCGGUUUCUGAUGUAUAACGGCUUCUCAUGAUGCAUCUUGCUAGUGUUGUGUUGCUUCUUGUUGGGUGUUAUGCAACACUAGCUGCUAUCUGCCCUACUGACUGGCAGCGAUACGGCGAGUCAUGCUACUUGCUGAUAACUCAACGUAUGAGCUGGGAUGAAGCAAAUGAUACCUGCGUCGAGUCAAAUGCAGCUCUAGCUGUGCCUAACUCGCAGAUAGAACAAACUUUUAUCUGGUCGAUGUUCAAGGAAUUCUUCAAUGGGAGUCAGCCAACUGGACAUCUCUGGAUCGGUUGUUAUUUCGACCAGGAGACGGAGGAAUGGCAGCACUGUCCAUUGAGGAACGUGUCUAACACCUACGAGAAUUGGAAGAUAAAUCAGCCAGAUAUUAAUACUGCCACGGAUUGCGUUAUUAUGAGCGGAAAUCACAAUGGUAAAUGGGCUGACCAAAGGUGCAGUAAAGAUCAUUUUGCCGUCUGUGAGCUCCAAGUUGACACCACACCUCGGUCAUUCUGCCUUCAGACCGGUCCCGGUGGUCGCAUCAAGUCCCAGUGUAUGGUCGGUCACGUCAUGAAGGAGCUACGGGCUGAUGGUGUGGUGUCGUGCGGGAAGGCGUGCCGAUCAGAGCCCCGAUGUCGCUCCUUCAAUCUGCUGAUGAAGCAAGGUCCAGGGAAGAUGGUUUGUCAGCUGAACAACGCGACUCUUCACGAAGCGGCUAAAGACAUGGAGCUUCAAGACCAAUGCUACUCAUUUGAUCUGUAGUCAACAGAGAGCGUAACGAUCACACAUGACAUACAAUGAAAUGUUCUCUUGAAGACGAGCAGAGUACUUUGUUCGAAACGUCGAGACCACACCGGCUCUUUUCAGAGUCUACAUUCCUACAAAGAGAUUGCACACCUAGUUGUGUCCUUAAUUUUACUUAUGACGGUUAAUUCUUAUUUGACAUGUUCUGCGCUUUGCUCUAUUCUGCUAUGACGCAGUGUUUAUAUCUAGAUUAUGGUUUCAAGUCUUUUUCAUGGAAACUUGGAGGAUGGAUUGAACACAGCCAGUGGAAUUUACUUUUACUUAUUUAUUUCUUAAUAAGAAAGGAUACUUAAAAAAUCAUAUAAAAAACUCUUAAGGCUUUUGUGCUUGACAUGUCAUGUACAGAAUGAUGAUCGAAUUUGAGAAAGACUCUGGGUCGAAACGUCAGGCCCUUAACUUUAUUUUGUCAUGUAUAGCACUUCGGUUGGUAAGAAGUUCGCACCAGCUAAUUGUGUUUUCUGAAAAAGAAAUUGAAGUAUAUGUUCACACCCAAAUCAGAAAGGUUUUACUUUGCGUUUAGAUACGUAUGUGUGUACAUAUUAAAUAAUUUACAUGUAGGUGGUAUGCGGGGAUAUUUUACCAGAGUGUACGUUCUGGGUAUUUAAACACAUAUCAAUUGUUGUUGCCAACAAUCUACCAAUCUGUGCUCUCGACGCUUUACAGAAUUUUCCUUGGAAAGUUAAAUCAAAUAAUGAGCCACAAAGCAAACUGACUUUGUAAAUUUAGAAACGAUUUGGGGGUGAACAAAGACAGUUUUAUUAGAGCGGGAUUUGAACUAAUGACCUCCGCAUUAUCGUGCCGGCGCUCUACUUAGCCCAAUGUCGGCUGUCUCCAAAUUUAUAAAUUGUUGCAAAAGUAGAAUCAAAUAUCUUAAAGUUUCAAGAAUAUGUUUUCCCUUUAAGCCUUUAAAACGCAAGUAUUAUUUUUUAUAGGAGGCGAUGGAAAUAGGAAGUAGUUUCUUCACGGUGUACCGUCAGGUACGAACACAAUACGCCUUGUCGCUCAAGCCUGGGUAUCGUGUACCGUGUUACUUUAGCACGGAUCGCGUUCAAACAAUGUGUCUGUAUGUACAUGUAUAGACGGCUUUCACAUUCCCUAUGGCGCAUAGCGCACCAAAACAAACUCCAAGACAAACUGGAUAUUAAUUUCAACUUGACAUUCUAUUUUUGGACACCAUAUAAUAUGCCCUCGGCUCUUGUGAUUGAAACUGGAAGGAACUAAACGAACUAAAUUUUUAAUCAAAACAACUGCUUUCAAUACGAAUUCUAAUUGCGACCAUAUCAAUCCGUUAACAAAUACCUUUUUUAAGAAUUGAACGUUAAAACUGCUUUCAAAAAAUGAAAAACUUUAGUUUGCAGAGAAGAAUACGCACAGGAAAUCUAGAAGCUAGUGUGACAGCGUCACAUUGAAGCCUAAACAAACAACUUCGUUUAGCGCUUUGCAAUCCGUGUAAACGGUAGUGAUGAUUAAUUUCAGUUAUUCCCGUGGGUUCUAGGACAAACUUUAAGAUUAAUGUAUUUAUAAGGUAGUCGUGUUAGUACGAAGCUUUAGUCAUUUGCAGCUUCUUCGUUGUACGAGCUAAGUGCGAUUUGUUAUUGUCUCAAACACAAACAUUUUGUCGUUAAAAUAAACAAGUAAGAAACCACAAGGGAAAAUUACUUGGUGAAUUUUGAACUAAGUUUGGGUUGAAUAAAACAACAAUUUACAAUAGAGUUGGACUUGAAGCUACGAGUUCCGGAUUAACGUACCAGCGCUCUACCAGUGCUAUCAUUUCAAUCCCUUUAAUUUUGUCAGUAUUCUUGUUGGGGUACCAGUCAGAACUUUGCGGGGUUUUUUUUUCAUAAAAAGAUAAGCCAUAUGCCAACAUGAAAAAGGUUGACAAAGUAGUAACACUUCUGCCGUUCACGGCGUGCGUCAAAAUGACAAUAUACUUUGACGUCACUGUAGUUGUCUUAAUUACCUCCAUGUUGCAAUAAAGUGGUAUCCCACAAGUGUCGUCACAUAUUUAAAGGCAGUGGACACUAUUGGUAAUUACUCAAAAUAUUUAUGAGCAUAAAACCUUAUUU